AUGGGUAAUCAGGAAGCGCUGGACAUACCUGUGAAGAGGCGCGGAAGGCACCUCGGCCGUUCUAUCUUGACUACAUUCUUCGGCAGUCUUCUCUUAUCGUCAUGGAUCUGGUUUCCUGGAUCAAUCUCAAGUCGGGACAUAGAAAGCCAUGUCGCCAAGGUGCAACAAUGCUCCAUCGGAAACCUCCAUGCCGACCUUUCUUUUCUCAAUCCGGCCAUUCCCAUUGCGGCCGACGAGUUUCUUGAGCGUCGAGACCGGCUCGCUCAAGCACUAUAUAGCAAUGGCGUUGAUGCCUUUGUGCUCGAGCCAGGUUACACAUUCCAAUACUAUGGUAAUAUCUCUCAAGUCGAUUGGGAACCAUGGGAGCCCGAAGAGCGGCCUUUCCUGAUGCUUGUGCUUCCAGAAAGGUCCACAUCCGGAGAAAUCGUAGCAAAAACGGCCUUCCUCUCACCACACUUUGAAGAAGGAAGGGUGCGGAUGUUGGGAAUUCCUUCGCGAGAAACCGAGCUUGACAUAGUGAUUUGGGAAGAACAUUGGAAUCCAUAUUCAGUCCUUCUGAAGUCGGGACUGUUCUCAAGCAAGUCGCCAAAGCUGAUGAUGGAUGAGGAGAUCCGCGACUACAUCGUCCGCGGCCUCGAUUCCGUUGGUUUUGAGACCAUGGGUUUGAGCCCCGAGGUUGAGUUGGUUCGACAAAUCAAAAGCCCGGCCGAGGUCGAGCUGCUUAGAGCUGUGAACACUGGCACGGUGAUGGCCGUCAGGGCGAUGAGGCCAUGCCUCGUUCCUGGUCUAACCGAGAAUGAGGUGACCGCGAUCCUGGACAACUCGCUAAUUUCCAUCGGAUUCAGCAAAUUCUUCAACAUUGUCCUAUUCGAGGAGCAUGGCGCAUUGCCCCAUGGUGGAUUUGUCACCGGCGGCAAAAAGGUUGCUUACGACAGUAUGAUCGUGAUCGACGUCGGUGCGCACUACCUGGGAUACUCCUCCGAUAUAUGUCGCAGCUUCUUCAUUGACCCACCAAAGACGAAGAGAGUCGUAUCAGACGCUUUGGACCACCUGAACCUACACGCCGAAAAACUUAAAGUAUGGGACAUUGUGCUCGAUGCACAAAGCGCGGCGGCCGCCGCUUUCAAACCUAACAACAGCGCAGCAAGCGUGGACAUCGCCGCCAGAAAUAUCAUCGAAAAUGCGGGAUACGGCUACGGGUUCACGCACCGGUUAGGCCACGGUAUUGGCAUAAAAGCCCACGAGUCGCCAUACUUAAACAAAUGGAAUAAGGGUGUGCUGCUUCAAGCAGGGAUGACAUUUACAAAUGAGCCGGGCAUUUACCUCGAAGGGAAAUUUGGAGUGAGACAUGAAGAUAUCUACCUUGUGAAGGAGAACGGCGAAGCCGAGCUGUUGACGGGCGCGAGAGCUAGAGGGCCAUACCAACCUUGA